AUGGGUCCAAACUUUAACACCUCGCUGUCUGAAGGUCCGCCUGAGCAAGGAAGUGUGAGCUCUACUUACUGCCUCACAUUGCAAAAAUACCAAUGUUUCAAUGCUGCUAUCAACAAUGUUUGGGCUAGCAUCGACGAAGGAUCCAUUGAGUACAGCACAAAUUAUACAUGGGUCAAAGCCUUUUGUGGUCCAAGUGCUUUGGACACCUUCUGCUGGAAAAAGAAUCAAAGUGUUGACAAGGAAAACAACUCCCUUCUAAAGGAGUAUGGGGAACACAAGGCUACAAAGACCAAUCGAGCUUAUAUAUCCACAAAGUCGAAGAUCAAUGAUGUUACUCAAACAAUCAAGGCCAUUGAGAAUGAGAUCUUAAGGUGUCAGACAGGCACAGAGACGAUACUUUACACAAUGCAUAGUUCAACUGACCUCUCACUUUGUGGAAUUACCUUUGCAAUGGAGGGUGUUGAUAAUUUCAUGGAGUCUGUGAUGAAUGUUGACAACCAAGAGUUCGUCAGCAAGAUGGAAGGCUUCGCAUUUCAUGGUAUACAUCUAAUCAAAGGAUGGCCCGAUGAGAUCCCCUUCAACAAUUUUAGCAAGGCAUGGACCUUAGAGAGAGAUGGAAGUCUGGAGAAACUGCCUAGAGACAGCUAG